GGGAUCUGUGGGGGGGAGGGGGAGGGAGGAGAAAUUUGGGGGGGAGAAGGUGGGAUUUUGGGGGGGGCGCUGGUGGGCACCCCUGGAUCUGGCGACUGCGGCCUCGCGGGGGGAGGCUGUACGGUGACAAGGGCAGGGGGCUAUUUUAGGGAAUAAGGCUGUGAGACCGUGAGGGGGAGGGGGGUCCCCAGCGCCGGAGCCGGAGCAAGAGACGCUGAGCCCGCGCUAGCGGCGUAGACAGGGCUCCAGAGCUCCAGAUCCGGGCCCCGGUCGCCGCCAGGGGCCCCGCCCGGUGCCCCUACCCCACCCCGCGUCCCUACUGCAGCCCAGCUCCUCCCGCAGUCGCCGCGGACCAGGCCGGCACCGCCGCCAUGAUGUGCGAGGUGAUGCCCACCAUCAGCGAGGAUGGCCGGCGGGGCUCGGCGCUGGGCCCGGACGAGGCGGGCGGCGAGCUGGAGCGCCUCAUGGUCACGAUGCUCACGGAGCGCGAGCGCCUGCUGGAGACGCUGCGAGAGGCGCAGGACGGGCUGGCGACAGCACAGCUGCGGCUGCGUGAGCUCGGCCACGAGAAAGACUCUCUGCAGCGGCAGCUCAGCAUCGCUCUGCCUCAGGAGUUUGCGGCUCUGACAAAGGAGCUUAACUUAUGUCGGGAACAGCUUCUGGAGAGAGAAGAAGAGAUCGCAGAGCUGAAGGCGGAGCGUAACAACACCCGGCUCCUCCUGGAACACCUUGAGUGCCUGGUGUCCCGGCACGAGCGAUCCUUGAGAAUGACUGUGGUGAAGCGUCAGGCCCAGUCCCCGGGAGGGGUCUCCUCUGAGGUGGAGGUGCUCAAGGCUCUAAAAUCCCUCUUUGAACACCACAAGGCCCUGGAUGAGAAGGUCCGGGAGAGACUGCGCAUGGCACUGGAGAGAGUAGCAGUGCUGGAGGAAGAGCUGGAGCUCAGCAACCAGGAGACUCUGAACCUUCGAGAUCAGCUAUCUAGAAGGCGGUCAGGGCUGGAGGAGCCAGGCAAGGAUGGGGAUGGACAGACCCUUGCCAAUGGCCUGGGUCCUGUUGGAGAACCCAACCGCCGUACAGCAGAGCUGGAGGAGGCCCUGGAACGGCAGCGUGCAGAGGUGUGCCAGCUGCGGGAGCGCUUGGCCGUGCUGUGCCGCCAAAUGAGCCAGCUGGAGGAGGAGCUGGGCACUGCUCACCGAGAGCUGGGGAAGGCCGAGGAAGCUAACUCCAAGCUGCAGCGAGACCUCAAGGAGGCCCUGGCUCAGCGGGAGGAUAUGGAAGAACGCAUCACCACGCUGGAGAAGCGCUACCUGAGUGCCCAGCGUGAGGCCACGUCUCUACAUGAUGCCAACGACAAGCUGGAGAACGAGCUGGCCAGCAAAGAGUCACUGUACCGACAGAGUGAAGAGAAGAGCCGUCAGCUGGCCGAGUGGCUGGAUGACGCCAAGCAGAAGCUCCAACAGACCCUGCAGAAGGCUGAGACCUUGCCUGAGAUAGAGGCUCAGCUGGCACAGCGCGUGGCUGCUCUGAACAAGGCUGAGGAACGCCAUGGGAACUUUGAGGAGAGGCUUCGGCAGCUGGAGGCACAGCUGGAGGAGAAGAACCAGGAGCUUCAGCGGGCCCGGCAGAGGGAGAAAAUGAACGAUGACCAUAAUAAACGACUCUCAGAGACGGUGGACAAGCUGCUGAGCGAAUCCAAUGAACGGUUACAGCUUCACCUCAAGGAACGCAUGGGGGCACUGGAGGAGAAGAACUCACUGAGCGAGGAGAUUGCUAACAUGAAGAAGCUUCAAGAUGAGCUGCUGCUGAACAAGGAGCAGCUCUUGGCUGAGAUGGAGCGAAUGCAGAUGGAGAUUGACCAGCUCCGGGGGAGGCCACCUUCCUCCUAUUCCAGGUCUCUUCCUGGCAGUGCCCUGGAGCUCCGUUAUCCCCAAGCACCAACCUUACCUUCUGGUGCCCCCCUGGAUCCUUAUGGAGCUGGCAGUGGCCGGGCAGGCAAGAGGGGCCGCUGGUCGGGGGCCAAGGAUGAGUCUUCCAAGGAUUGGGAUCGGUCUGCUCCUGCCGGGUCCAUCCCACCCCCGUUCCCUGGAGAGCUAGAUGGCUCCGAUGAGGAGGAGGCCGAGGGGAUGUUUGGGGCUGAGUUACUGUCCCCCAGUGGGCAAGCUGACGUGCAGACACUGGCCAUCAUGCUUCAGGAGCAGUUGGAAGCCAUCAACAAGGAAAUCAAGCUAAUCCAAGAAGAGAAGGAGACCACGGAGCAGCGUGCAGAAGAGCUGGAAAGCCGGGUGUCCAGUUCUGGCCUUGACUCACUGGGCCGGUACCGCAGCAGCUGCUCACUGCCGCCCUCCCUCACCACCUCCACCCUCGCCAGCCCCUCACCUCCCAGCUCCGGCCAUUCCACCCCUCGUCUGGCACCCCCCAGUCCUGCCCGGGAGGGAACUGAGAAGACCAACCAUGUCCCCAAAGAGGAAGCUGGUGCCCCACGGGGGGAAGGCCCAGCCAUCCCAGGAGACACCCCACCGCCUACACCCCGCUCUGCCCGUCUUGAGAGGAUGACCCAGGCUUUGGCAUUGCAGGCAGGGUCCCUAGAAGAUGGGGCUCCUCCCCGAGGAAGUGAGGGCACCCCAGACUCCCUCCACAAAGCCCCCAAGAAGAAGAGCAUCAAGUCAUCCAUAGGUCGGCUCUUUGGCAAGAAAGAAAAGGGCCGGAUGGGACCCCCAGGUCGGGAAAGUACUUCUCUGGCUGGGACACCCUCUGAUGAAACACUGGCCACUGACCCUCUGGGGCUAUCCAAGCUGACUGGUCCAGGAGACAAAGACAGGAGGAACAAGAGGAAGCACGAACUUCUGGAAGAGGCCUGUCGCCAAGGCCUGCCCUUUGCUGCCUGGGAUGGCCCCACGGUGGUCUCCUGGCUGGAGCUCUGGGUGGGCAUGCCUGCGUGGUACGUGGCCGCCUGCCGGGCCAAUGUCAAGAGCGGCGCCAUCAUGGCCAACCUGUCAGACACGGAGAUCCAGCGGGAAAUCGGCAUCAGCAAUCCCCUGCACAGGCUCAAGCUGCGUCUUGCCAUUCAGGAGAUGGUGUCACUCACAUCGCCCUCGGCACCUGCCUCCUCCCGCACUCCCACAGGAAACGUGUGGAUGACACACGAGGAGAUGGAGUCCCUGACAGCAGCUACGAAACCCGAGACCAAGGAGAUCAGCUGGGAGCAGAUCCUGGCAUAUGGCGACAUGAACCACGAGUGGGUGGGGAACGACUGGCUGCCCAGCCUUGGGUUGCCCCAGUACCGAAGCUACUUCAUGGAGUCGCUAGUCGAUGCUCGGAUGUUGGACCAUCUGAACAAGAAGGAACUUCGAGGCCAGCUCAAGAUGGUGGACAGCUUCCACAGGGUUAGUCUGCACUAUGGUAUCAUGUGCCUGAAACGGCUCAACUAUGACCGGAAGGACCUGGAGCGAAGGAGGGAGGAGAGCCAGACCCAGAUUAGAGACGUGAUGGUGUGGUCCAACGAACGGGUCAUGGGUUGGGUGUCUGGGCUCGGCCUGAAGGAAUUCGCUACGAAUCUCACCGAGAGUGGGGUGCACGGGGCACUGCUGGCUCUGGAUGAAACCUUCGACUACUCCGACCUGGCCUUGCUUCUGCAGAUACCUACACAGAAUGCACAGGCCCGGCAACUGCUGGAGAAAGAGUUCAGCAACCUCAUCUCCCUAGGCACAGACAGACGGCUGGAUGAGGACAGUGCUAAGUCCUUCAGCCGUUCCCCAUCCUGGAGGAAGAUGUUCCGAGAGAAGGACCUCCGAGGUGUGACCCCCGACUCCGCUGAGAUGUUACCCCCCAACUUUCGCUCAGCUGCAGCAGGAGCCCUAGGCUCACCGGGGCUCCCACUCCGCAAACUGCAGCCUGAAGGCCAGACUUCUGGGAGUUCACGAGCAGAUGGUGUUUCGGUGCGGACUUACUCCUGCUAGUGUGCACCUACAGAAUAUUGUCUCGCCGGAGACCACCGCGAGGGAGCUCGCACGCACCGCGGACUGCACCCUCUAGACACACCAGCCCGGUGUGCGCGUUCCCGCCUCCCAAAUGGACUGGGCCUGGACCAAACCACAGGACAUGGACUAAGAGGGAGGGCAGCGGAAGACGAGGACAGGAGGAAAUCCCACCCCAAACUUCCGCCUCUCUUUUCUCUACUUUGUAAUUUAUUGAUCCGGUUCGGAUGGGAGCCAGACACCCUGCACCUGAGGAAGAGGGCCGGGGUUUCCCUCGGGCCGCAUGCGGGGAGAGGCCGCCCUCCCCUUUCUCAUGCCCAGUCGCGGGGCCCAAGCCUGCCUUCUUCGUCCGCUAGGAGGGGAGGGGAGACUCGCUGCUACAAGCCUCGCCCCCCUGUGCCACUCAGCCCUGCCCCGCUGCGUCUGGUCGCCAGUCCUGGGGGUCAUCUGUGAGCGGGGGUCCCCUGUCCCCCGUCCUGUGUCUCGUGUCCCCCGGGGCCUUCCCGCCCCCGUGCUAUGGCGGUGUCUGCGCCCAAGGGUCAGGGACGCAGCACUGCGUUCCCAGUUCCCCCUCGGCUCCGGGGUUUGCAUGGGAAAAUCCCUCUGUCAACUAUGCCACUGGGUGAUGUGGCGCGGGGAGGGGACGGACAGCGGGGAGCUCCCCACCCGGAGGACUCUCCGUUGACCUCCCAGCCCCAGGCGUUACUCAGUGAUCACGGGUAAAGACCUACUGUUUCAAAAGCUCUGGUAUUGACCAGCCUUUUUUUUGAGACAGGGUCUCACUUUGUAGUCCUGGCUGGCCUGGAACUCACUAUGUAGACCAGGCUGGCCUCGAACUCACAGAGAUCCGCCUGCCUCUGCCUCUGCACUGAGAUUAAAGGUGUGUGCCACCA